AUAACAGGAUGCGGGCGGGCGAGAACGGGGGUCGACUAGCCUGGGGAGGCUUCUUCAGCACACAGCGGAGGUCCCGAUACCGGAAUUAGGCCUUCCCGGUCGCGUGUUGACAGCGAACGGGCUGGAAGGCUGCGGGGUGCCGUCUCUCGGCGGCAGGCCCCGGGUGCCGGUCGCCAUCUUUGUCGGGGGCAGCGGGCGGCCUGGGCGCAUGCGCGGUCAUUGCUUGGGGCCAGGAUCCAGAACAUUGUUCCUGUCUUUCCUGAGCAGGCUGGAGGUGGACACCAUAAACUCCUUUGACCAGGGGAUUUACACACUUGGGGGAGCCAAGCCAACAGGAACGUUACAUAAAACAGAAAGUGCCGGAAAAACUCAGAUUCUGCGUGUUGAAGAAGUCAGUGGAUUUGAAAUGUUAAUUCAGAUUUCCUCUCUGCAGAUGCCACUGGACCUGCAAGUUCUCCUUUUCCUGUUUCCACUCCAGGCCCUCAGUAUUUUGCGUCUACUCAAGCGAAAUGUUUGCCUCUUCCGAGUUUCUAUUCUGAGCUGACAGUAAAGAGUCUGUGUCUGUUCUUUUGCAGGACAUCAGGAGCAGCAAAUUGACGCCUGGAAACUGAAAUCAAGGGUCACAUCAAAGUCUGACAGAGUCACUCAGUUCAUCCGGACCCAAAACAUCAAGUUUUAAAAUUGGAAGACAAGCGUUCGUAUCUUCUGUGGGCAAAGACUUCAGCUAAGAAUUCAAGGCGUUCGGAUGAGGGACGCCUCCGGUCGGGGAACCGGCGCCCAACCUCCCACCUGGACCUGAUCGAGUCGCCCAAUUUGUGACAACCCCAACUCCGUCAAAGAUUGGGUAUGGAAGGAGGGAACAGCGGAGGAGAACUGUGCGCCGAGUGCGGGCAGAGCUUCCCUCGGUCGCCUGACCUGCCACGACAUGAGUGCGGGCCCGUCGGGGUGAAGCCGUGGAGGUGUGGAGUCUGCGCAAAAGCGUUCAAUUAUCCGUCGGAUCUGGACCUGCACCAGCGCAGUCACACUGGCGAGAGGCCGUUUAUCUGCUCCACGUGCGGGAAGGGAUUCGCUCGUUCCUCCUACCUGCUGUUACACCAGCGAGUGCACACCGGGGAGAAGCCGUUCACCUGCUCUGUGUGUGGGAAGGGAUUCACUCAGUCCUCCAACCUGCAGACACACCAGCGGGUUCACACCGAGGAGAGGCCUUUUGAAUGUCCGGACUGCGGGAAAUUCUACAAAAGCUCCUGGGACUUGAUGCGGCACCAACGUGUCCACACCAACGAGAGGCCGUUCAGGUGCUCGUGCUGCGGGGCCGGUUUCAAACGUUCAUCUCACCUCACUGUCCACCAGCGGACUCACACUGGGUGGAAGCUGUUCACUUGCUCGACCUGUGGCAAGGGAUUUACCCAGUCGACCUCCCUGCUGUUGCACCAGCAAGUUCACAGCGGGGAGAGCCCGUUCACCUGCGCCUUGUGCGGCAUGGGCUUCACUCAGAAAUCCCAUCUGCUGACCCACCAGCGGGUUCACACUGACGAGAGGCCGUUCAAGUGCCUGGUUUGUGGAAAGGGCUUUAAGAGUCCCGGUGAACUGACGCGGCACCAGCGCGUUCACUCGGACGAGAGACCGUUCAGGUGCUCCGAAUGCGGGACUGGCUUCAAGCAGUCGUCUCAACUGACUGUCCACCAGCGGGUUCACACCGGGGAGAGGCCCUUCACCUGCUCCGAGUGCGGGAAGGGCUUCAGUUGCUCGUUCAACCUGCUGACCCACCAGCGGGUUCACACCGGGGAGAGGCCCUUUAUCUGCUCCCAGUGCGGGAAGGGAUUCACUCAGUCGUCCAGCCUGCUGACGCACCAGGGCGUUCACACCGGCGAGAGGCCGUUCGCCUGCUCCAGUUGCGGGAAGGGGUUCGCCCGGUUGUCCACCCUGCUGACCCACCAGCGCGUCCACACCGGGGAGAAACCCUUCAGCUGCUGCGAGUGUGGGAAGGGGUUCACUCAGUCGUGCCACCUGCAGAGACACCAGCGUGUCCACACUGGGGAGAGGCCUUUCACCUGCACCGUGUGCGGGAAGGGAUUCACUCAGUCGUCCAACCUCACGAUGCAUCAGCGAGUUCACAAGUCCGCGCAGGCGCACCCACUGUCCGGAGCAGGCGCAGUACACCUGUCGCCAGCUGCAGGGCUCGAUCUGCCUCGCUUUGGAGCGGCCGACGCCGGGGCUGGGGUGGGAUCGAACAGCGAGCGGCGUCUCGCGCUGGCCCGAGCCGGUUGCCCUGGAAACCUUUGUCUCGGCGAGCAAGUGGAAAAGGAAGGGGAAACAAUGGGUGGAGGGGGCGGGGCUCCGUCGCCGUCCGCUUCGCCUCCAGCCUUGGGAUCCGAGGACGUCACUGUCGAGCGCUGCUGCCGUCCCUCUAUUGGCUUCUCGAGUCGUUCCCCGCCCCCAAAGUUCGUGGGACACACACACACCAUGGAGAAACCGUGGAAAUGUGAGGACUGUGGGAAGGGAUUCCGCUCCCCAUCGGUGUUGGAAACACAUCGACGCAGUCACACUGGUGAGAGGCCCUUCAGCUGCCCUGAGUGUGGGAAAGGAUUCGGUGAUUCCUCCACUCUGAAGAGACACGAGCGAGUUCACAGGCAGCAGAAGCCGUUCGCCUGCUCCAUGUGCGGCAAGGGCUUCACUCAGUCCUGCCACCUGCUGACCCACCAGCGGGUUCACACCGGGGAGAGACCCUUCACCUGCUCCGAGUGCGGGAAGGGCUUCACUCAGUCGUCCGUGCUGCUGCGACACCGGCGCGUUCACGUCGAGGAGAGACCCUUCACCUGCACAGCGUGCGGGAAGGGCUUCACCCAGUCCUCGGACCUGCUGACGCACCAGCGGGUUCACACCAAGGAGAGGCCCUUCACCUGUUCCACCUGUGGGAAGAGGUUCGCUCACUCGUCCACCCUGCUGAGGCACCAGCGGGACCACACUGGGAAGAGGCCGUUCGCUUGCUCCGAAUGUGGGAAGGGCUUCGCUCAGUUUUCCGACUUGGUGCGCCACCGGCGGGUCCACACUGGGGAGUGCCCUUUCACCUGCUCCACGUGUGGGAAGGGAUUCAGUCAGUCGUCCAGCGUGCUCAGGCACCACAGCAGCCACUCCAACGAAAGGCCUUUCAAAUGCUCCGACUGCGGGGGUAGCUUCAAAACAGCUGAGGACCUGAUGGUCCACCAGAGGAUUCACACCGAGGAGAGACCGUACGGCUGCUCCCGCUGCGCGAAGAGGUUCCGAACAGUAUCCAGCCUGCGGAGACACCAGCGCAUUCACACUGGGGAGCGGCCGUUCGAGUGCUCCGUGUGUGGGAAGGCAUUUGCUCAGUCGUCCAACUUGCUGACGCACCAGCAAGUGCACGAGUGAUUACCGUCAUUUGGAUUCUGCCGUUAUCGCCGCUGUCGGUCACAUCCCGGGCCGAACCCUGUUCGUUCUGACAGUGAGCGAAGUGGGAGAGUUGGCGGGAUUUCCUUUUGCCGCACUGGCCGCUCUCACCCCUUUGCUUCCAGUGGGGCGGAUGAUCUUGGAGUCUGGAACUGCACAUACCCACUGAAAUGAGCCUUUGAAGUUGAUGACACGGCUUUGUCUUUUUGGAAACCGUCAAGGAUCGAGCUAAAAUGAAUGCAUUUCUCUCUUCUUUUUCCAUUGAGUGUCCAACCCAUGGCCAGAGAAGUCGGCUCAGUUGAUCUCUGUCAGUAUCUACGAUCCAUAUGAACCUCUCUAAGCUCCACCUCCAUCAUCACAUAGAAGAUAUGAUUAGAUUACAGUGUGGAAACAAGCCCGUCGGCCCAACAAGUCCACACCGACCUGCCGAAGCGCAACCC